GGAGUGGAGUCGCUGGGUCGGAAUUGACCGGAGCGCCUUCUUUGCCUGCACCCCGCGGGCUUCUUCCCGCCGCUUCCUUCUGAACUCCCUUUCUGGGGCUCCUUUCUGCCUCCUCCUCCUCCCUGCCGGCCCCCCGCGUGGCGCGCGGUGUUUUUGUCUUCGUGGAAGAUGACGGCGCCUUGGGUCACUUUCGCCCUGCUUUGGGGAUCGCUUUGCGCAGGCCCAGGGCGUGGGGAGGUUGAGACCAGGGAGUGCAUCUACUACAAUGCCAACUGGGAACUGGAGAAGACAAACCAGAGUGGUCUGGAACGUUGUGAGGGGGAGAAGGACAAGCGCCUUCAUUGCUACGCCUCAUGGAGGAAUAGCUCUGGCACCAUUGAGCUCGUGAAGAAGGGUUGCUGGUUGGAUGACUUCAAUUGCUAUGAUAGGCAGGAAUGUGUAGCCACCGAAGAGAACCCCCAGGUCUUCUUCUGUUGCUGUGAGGGGAACUUCUGCAAUGAAAAGUUCACGCACUUACCUGAGGUCACCAACCCUGAAGUUACCUAUGAGCCACCCUCAACUGUCCCUCUACUCACAGUCCUUGCAUAUGCCUUGCUGCCUAUUGGGGGCCUCUCUCUGGCCAUUGUCAUUGCAUUCUGGAUGUACAGGCACCGAAAGCCUCCCUACGGUCAUGUGGAUGUCAAUGAGGACCCGGGUCCUCCACCCCCUUCUCCACUUGUUGGCCUGAAGCCGUUGCAACUGCUGGAGAUCAAGGCCCGGGGACGUUUUGGCUGUGUCUGGAAGGCUCAGCUUAUGAAUGACUAUGUAGCAGUGAAGAUUUUUCCAUUACAGGACAAGCAGUCCUGGCAGAGUGAACGGGACAUCUUCAGCACGCCAGGCAUGAAACAUGAAAACCUGCUCCAGUUCAUUGCAGCAGAAAAGAGAGGUUCCAACCUGGAGGUGGAGCUGUGGCUUAUCACAGCCUUCCAUGACAAGGGUUCUCUCACAGAUUAUUUAAAAGGGAACAUUGUUACUUGGAAUGAGCUGUGUCAUGUAGCUGAGACCAUGUCCCGAGGUCUGUCCUACCUGCAUGAAGAUGUGCCCUGGUGCCGAGGAGAGGGGCACAAGCCAGCCAUUGCCCACAGGGAUUUCAAGAGCAAGAAUGUCUUACUGAAGAGUGACCUCACAGCUGUCCUGGCUGACUUUGGACUGGCUGUGCGGUUUGAACCAGGAAAGCCUCCAGGGGAUACCCAUGGGCAGGUAGGAACCAGGCGGUACAUGGCCCCUGAGGUGCUGGAGGGAGCAAUCAACUUUCAGAGAGAUGCCUUCCUGAGGAUUGAUAUGUACGCAAUGGGGCUGGUACUGUGGGAGCUGGUGUCUAGAUGCACAGCUGUGGAUGGGCCUGUGGAUGAGUACAUGUUACCUUUUGAGGAAGAGAUUGGUCAACAUCCAUCCCUAGAAGACCUGCAGGAGGUGGUGGUACAUAAGAAGAUGCGUCCUGCCUUCAAGGAUCAUUGGUUGAAGCAUCCUGGGUUGGCACAGCUUUGUGUGACAAUCGAGGAGUGCUGGGACCACGAUGCUGAGGCCAGACUCUCUGCGGGCUGCGUAGAGGAACGUGUGUCCUUGAUCCGCAAAUCUGUCAAUGGCACUACCUCGGACUGCCUCGUCUCCCUCGUGACAUCUGUCACCAAUGUGGACUUACCCCCCAAAGAGUCGAGUAUCUAAGUCCUGGGUCCUAUUUGUCUUUCCAGACUCAGUGAAUUUGAAGAAGAAAAAAGUUAAAAACAACAAAAAAAAAAACAACAAAAAAGAACCAUAAAACCAACGAACACAUGAAUGCAGCUGCUAUUUUAUCUUGACCUUUUUAUUAUUAUUAUUAUAAUUAUUAUUAUUAUUAUUGUUAUUUUUUGAUUGGAUCAAUUUUUACCAGCAUAUUGUUCUACUGUAUUGAAAACAAUGGACAUCUCAGCAAGCAUUCAGGUCCCGACUCAUGAAUGCAAAAAUGAUGUCCAUGCCGCAGAACCUCAACAACCUCGUUUUCCGUUUGUGAUUCAGUUUUUUAGGUUUUUCUUUGUUGGUCUGUUUUCUCCGCAGAACAUCUGUGACACAAAGAAACCCAUCUCCCAUCUUAGGAAACAUAAUGCUGCAAACUUUGGAGGAAACUUUAAAAGACUGUUACAAAAGACACCUUUCUCAGAAAAAGGUGUUCUUUCCCCAGUCCACCCUUCCACAACCCCCCAUCCCCUUAAAAAAAUUUUUUUUCCCUUUUUAGACAGCUUCAAAACAGCAGAUGUGUCUUUUACGGAUCUAACGGGUGUCAUUGUAAUGGAGGAAGAACCAGGAAGAGGAUGUUAACUCCUGGGAUGUGGGGGUUGAAAGGAGGAGGUUGGUGCUGGGGGUGGGCUAAGGAAGGGGGCGACGUUGGACUUGGCAGCAUUUGGACAAACAUCAUUUGUUAUGGAGCUACUUCUCAGGUAAUCAGUGAAUGAGGGGAAGGACAUUUUGGACACAGAGCAUUCAUAGCAAAC